AUGGGGGCUUUGAAGGAUCACAACUUGGCAGCUAUUGGAGAUAAAUUAGGUACAUCGUUACCGGUUGACAAUCCUCCUGCUAAUGCUCCUCCAAUCGAUGCUAAGAAUGCUGAACAAUUGAAAAAUCCUGGUUCAUCGCUGCCGACUGGCAAUUCUCCUACUGAUGCUUCUCAAAACGAUGGUCAAAAAUCUGAUCAACUGCAAAAGCCAAACGACAAUUCUCCUGCUAAUGCUCUUCCAACUGAUGCUCAAAAUGCUGAAAAAUUGAAAAAUCCAAAAGACAUUCCCUCUGCUAAUGCUUCUCCCAGCGAUGCUAAGAAUGGUGAACAAUUGAAAAAGCCAAUGGAUAAUCCUUCUGCUGAUGCUCAUCCCAGCGAUGCUAAGAAUGAUGAACAACUAAAAAAGCCAAUGGACAAUCCUUCUGCUGAUGCUGCUCCCAGCGAUGCUAAGAAUGAUGAACAGCUGAAAAAGCCAACCGACAAUCCUCCUGUGAAUGCUCCUUCCAGCGAUUCUAAGAAUGAUGAAAAAUUAAAGAAACCAACCGAUAAUCUUCCUACUGCUGCUCCUUCCAGCGAUGACAAGAAUGAUGAAAAAUUGAAGAAACCAACCGAUAAUCUUCCUACUGCUGCUCCUCCCAGCGAUGAUAAGAAUGAUGAAAAAUUGAAGAAACCAACCGAUAAUCUUCCUACUGCUGCUCCUCCCAGCGAUGAUAAGAAUGAUGAAAAAUUAAAAAAACCAACUGAUAGUCUUUCUGCUGCUUCUCCUUCUAGCGAUGCAAAGAAUGAUGAACAAUUAAAGAAGUCAACCGACAAUCCUCUGACUAAUACUCCUUCGAGCGACGCUAAGAAUGAUGAAAAAUUGAAAAAGUCAAUUGAUAAUCCUGCUGCUGAUGGUCUUCCCAGCGAUGCUAAGAAUGAUCAAAAAUUGAAAAAGUCAAUUGAAAAUUCUCCUGCUGAUGCCUCUCCCAGCGAUGCGAAAAAGGAUGAACACCAUGAACAUCACCACCAUGAACACCAUGGUCCAGAAGGACCUGUAGGACCGAAUGGACCCGUUGAACCACACGGUAUGGGCCCUGAAGGCCAUGAACACCAUGGACCCGACGGACAUAAAUGCAAAGGACAUGGCCACCAUGGACACCAUGAAGACGAUGGGCACCAUGAACAACAUGAAACCUCAGGACCUGAAGGACCUGAUGAAAUCCAUGGACCUAAAGGACCCGAUGAAAUCCAUGGACCUAAAGGACCUGAUGAAAUCCAUAGACCUAAAGGACCCGAUGAAAUCCAUGGACCUAAAGGACCCGAUGAAAUCCAUGGACCUAAAGGACCCGAUGGAAUCCAUGGACCUAAAGGACCCGAUGAAAUCCAUGGACCUAGAGGACCCGAUGAAAUCCAUGGACCUAAAGGACCCGAUGGAAUCCAUGGUCCUAAAGGACCCGAUGAAAUCCAUGGACCUAAAGGACCCGAUGAAGUCCAUGGACCUAAAGGACCCGAUGAAAUCCAUGGACCUAAAGGACCCGAUGAAAUCCAUGGACCUAAAGGACCCGAUGGAAUCCAUGGACCUAAAGGACCCGAUGAAAUCCAUGGACCUAAAGGACCCGAUGAAAUCCAUGGACCUAAAGGACCCGAUGAAAUCCAUGGACCUAAAGGACCCGAAGAAACUAAGCGACCUGAAGGACUUAUAGGAACCGAAGGACCUGAUGGACCCGAUAAACCUCAUGGACCUCAUGGACCUGAUGGACUCGAUAAACCAGGUGAUAAAUCAGGAAAACUAGAAAAACCAGGAAAACAAGAAGAACAAGGAAAACCAGGGGAACCAGAAAAACUAGAACAAGCAAAACAAACAGAACAACCAGGGAAACCAGGACUAGCGGAACAGCAAGGAGGACCAGCGAAAUCAGUAGAAUCCGCGCAAGAGCAACCAAAACAACCAGAAUCAACUGGAGCAAUUCCUGUUAAACCAGAGGCAUCUGGAAAUCCGAAAUAA